AUGGCUUCACCACGCUGCCCAUCGUGCACUGACACGGGCACGAAGAACUGUCUCGGCUGCAAGUCUGUCAAGUACUGCAGCGAGGAGUGCCAGCAAGCCGACUUGCCCUUCCACAAGAGCUUCUGCAAGCUGUUCGAGAACCUAUCACCUCGCCCAUCAUCCAGCCACCGACUGACCGUCUUCUUCCCCGAGGACAGCACCGGCCCUGUGCUGAAGUGGGAAGUCGGCCGUGAGUUCAUCCACGGCCAACUCCGGAGCAGCCACGAGAUCCAAUGGAACCCCAUCACAGGCGCUGUCAGGGACGACCCCGUCUACAUGUACUACGACGGGAUCCAGUAUAACUACCGAGUGCACAACCACGGCAUCGACAAGGUCAAAGGUCGGAUGACCAUGGUUCGGUGGAAGGGCCCCGUGGUGUUCUUCUGCUCGCGCAAAGACUGGGAUGAAGAUGUGCACCCCGUGCAGGAUGUGGACGCUGUGGCGUGCAGCGACCUCGUUGCGUUCCUCUUGGACUUCCGCGAUGAAAGCCCUGAGUACAAGAGUCGCGAGGCGCGCCCAACGUUUGUCAAAGUCGACGCAGUCAAGGUCACUUGUCCUGGCGAGCGGGCUCUGACUGGCUGCGCGCCGUGUGUCCCGGUCAAAGUCCCCGCGAUGCACCCCAUUCGCAAGGAUGCUGCCGGCGACGUGGCGGAUGUCUCGGUGGGAAUCAACAUGCCCCUCCUGACCUGGAAGUACCCGCCCAACGCCUCCUGGCCCGACGUGCUAGACCGCCGCUUCAACCCCGUAGCCCACAUGCACAAAGGCAUCGACCCGCAAAUCCAGAACCUCUCCACCCCAAUCCACCCCUCCCGGAACAGUUUCGGUUUCCCGCCCCAAACCUGGGACAUCGGCAUCGGCAACGCCCUCGUCAUGCGUCAAGACCACCAACCCCUCACACCAGACGAAGUCGAAGCCUUUGGGGAUUUCGCCGCUUCCACAUGUCGCAGUACUUCCAGUACCACGCGCGCGAAGGAGCUGGAUGCCCUGGUCCUGGCCGAGGCGAGGCCGGAGAAGUGGGAGGUGUAUUUCGAGGAUUGGCGCAAGGUCAAGGUGGGUUUUGUCGACGACCCAGAGGUCAAUGGCCGGGUUGGUGGGGCGGUUCGUAUGGGGUUGAGCAUGGAGGACGGCGAGAAGCUGAGCGAUUGUCUGUUCAGGGCUCGGGCUUGA